AUGGUGGUGGAGAGGUUGCGACAGUUGCAUACACAGCUGGCAGAUGAGAAUGCAAAUCCUGUUGUCGUGUGGGAGGUGCUAGAUUUCUUACGACGCAAUCCUCGGUUGGUAUACCAAGAAUACGACGUUGGUGGUGGAUCCUUCACUACGCUGCAUUUGUUCUUCAAGAUGGGAGUGGGGCUCGACUCAAUCCAAAAGCUGCUGCAGAUAUGUCCCAACGAAACCAAACUCUUUAACAUGAAGGACCACGAUGGAGGCUCGCCCAUUCACAUGGCAUGCCAAUACUCCUCCUAUCCCGUCGUGGAGUAUCUGAUCCAAAAGCCAUCCUUAUCAUCUCACUUCAAAAGGGCGAAGGAGGACGGAAUGACGCCGCGUGGUCUCCUACCGGUACACUGUGCCCUGCUCAAUACUGCACAACCGUUCCCAAAUUCCACCAUCAAGGCAUUGCUGCAGUUCUGUCGCAAAUCGGGCUCCGAGGGUUCUAAACAUUGGUCUGAUGCCUUGUGCUUGGCGUUGAUGACAAAUCAGCCAAGCGACAUUCUUUUCAUGAUAGCAGAUGAAUUUCCUGCAAAAGAAAUCAACCUCAUUGAGACUGACGUUGACGACUUCGAUGCCCUCAUGGUGGGACGGGAUGUGAAGCCAUUGUCAUUGGAGCAAACGAAACCUCUGGCAAGACUCUUUGAAAGAGUGGAAAAGGUCGAGUUUUACUAUUCGCAGGGGUGGGACGCUGACGCCUUCACGUACUUGAUGAAUCAACUUGCCACCAACCAACAUACCACUCACUUGGAUCAUCUCACGCUCCCCAAUCUGGAAGAGAGCUGCUUGAACGAGGCGGAACGAUUGGAUGUCUUGGCGUCCAUGGAACUCUUCCUUUCGAGGAAUACAGCCAUUACCAACUUUGGUAUCAACCUGAACGAGAAAGACGCUGCCAUAUGGCAGCGGUGGUGUGGUGCUCUGGAAACAGGUCUGGCCGGCAAUACUGCCAUGUCAUCGGUCCGAUUCAAUUGCCUCUACACCGAGCACGUGGAUGGCUGGAAUUUAAUGAAACGCUCCGUCCUCUUUUGGGAGACUCCUGAAGUGACAUCAGCAAACGCCAAUAUUUCUCCUGGAAGGAAAAGGCGGUUGUUGAUGGAUGGGUUCGAACUAUCGGACAAGCACUUUGCAGAGCGCCUCCGGUGUGCCCCCGACUGUUUGGAUACACUGGAACUGGAGGAUUGCUCGCCAAUGUGGGAGACCGUGCUGGGAGCCCAGCCAACAUCGGUCGUGGCAGAGUUCGUGGGAGGGGCGAAAGGUCGCUCCUUGACAACUCUCAAGAUCAGGGACUGCCAUUUCGAUGCUCUGCCCAUCUUUGAAGCAAUCAAACUCCAUCCAAACAUGCGUGCAUUCGAGGCCGACUACCAAUCGCUGUUGGAUGCCUUCGAAGAAGAGUACGAUGAGCUAUCGGAGGCAAUCGAGAGAGAAGAACUGGUAUCUGUGUGCUUGGAUAUGAUACAGAAUCACAACACGACUCUGGUUCAGUGCUCGCCUUGGGAUAGUCUAGACUCGCGAAUCAAGUAUCACUUGGAGCUCAACCGGUUUGGACUGGCCAACGUGAGGAAAAACACAGACCGAGUAGACAAACUUGUGGAUACGCUUCUUCCGCUUCAAGAUUCCACUCAGUGGAUCGUGCACAUGGAAAACACGUUGUUUAACACCCCCAACGGAGAAACCUACUCCUCAUUCAUUCGUCAAAAGAAAGGUGAUGCCUUACAAACAAGUCUCCUGUACGGGCUCUUGAGAGAAAACCCUGGACUUUUGUGCCGUUGCACUGGCCGCAGGGAGGAGCAGAAGAAGAGAAAAGAGAGGGGAAAGCAAUGGAAGCAGGAUCCACGCAUGGAGAAGAAAUUGGCAGUUUCGCCCACCACCGCCGGUGCUGGAGAUGCCGCAGGAGAUGCGGCAGUGACCUGUGGUUGCUGGGGGCACCGGAUCACAAUCCACUAG